AAGGACAAUGCUACCACCAUCUAAAUUUGCAAGGGAAUAUUUUGCUGCUUUUACCACUUUGUUCUUUGCUUGGUUGGUCGGACCCUCCGAGGUGAGAGAAUCAGAGAUCAAUGGAAGAAGAGAAAAAAAUGUAGUCCACAUAAAGAAAUGCAGAUUUCUGGAGAAGACAAAUUGCGUAGGAAUGUGCAUUAAUCUCUGCAAGAUGCCAUCUCAAUCUUUUAUAAAAGAUUCUUUUGGUAUGCCAGUAAACAUGGUUCCUAAAUUUGGAUCAAAGCCAACGAAUCGAUGAUGAUUAGUGAGCGAGGGAUGCGACGGACCGAGUGUGGAAAGGAGAGAUCGUGUCAAAAAAAAGAGAAGGAUCGCAGCAAAGAAGGGACAGACGGAGAGGAAGUUAAAGAAAAAGGAAUGAGUCAGGUGGGAGAUAAAGAAGUAAAAAAGGGGAAGCGAGAGGAGAAGGACGGUGGAGAACAAGAAGAAGAAGAAAAAAAAGUUAGGGUUUCAAGAAUUAAAUAGGGUCCAAAAUCAAAUCUUGUCAUGUCAUCUAAUCGUUGAAGUGUCUGAUAUGACAAGAGUUUGUCACAUCAAUACUCUAUUUGCUAAUUCAUCGGUGAAAAGGGUUGAGAGACCAAAUCGCUAUCCGAACCAGAAUUUAGAGUACCAUUAUAAAAAAUUUUAAUCUUCAAAUAUUAAAAUAGAUAAUCACACAAAUUUCAAAAGAUUAAAAUAAGAAUUUACUCAUUUUUUAACAAACCAAUUUAAUUUAAAUAAUUAAUUUGGUAGCAGAAACCUCUGAAUCAUAUAUUAUUAUGACUCCCAUCUUAAGAAGCUUUAUUUACCCCUCUAUAACAUAUAUUAUUAAUUUUCUCCCUUAAUAUGCGUGUAUAUUUUAACAUCGUAAUUUAGAGCUAACUAAAAAAAAUUUAUGUUU